UUGUUUUGCCCUUUGGAAUUUGGACUGUGGAAAGUACUUAGCUGUAUAUAAAUAAAACUUCUACUGUCAUUUCUUUGGAUACUGUUCGAAUACCUUUAAGGAGUGCUGACCUCAAAUAUCAUUUGUGAAAGUUCACAUUUUCCACUUUGUAAAAUGAUCAACACAGGAAAACUUGCUGGCCAGACACUUUUUAUUACUGGAGCUUCCAGAGGAAUUGGUAAGAGUAUUGCUCUAAAGGCAGCAAAGGAUGGAGCUAAUGUUGUUAUUGCUGCAAAAACAGCAGAACCACAUCCAAAAUUACCUGGAACUAUUUUUACAGCAGCUGAAGAAAUUGAAAAGGCUGGGGGCAAAGCUCUGCCAUGCGUAGUGGAUGUAAGAGACGAAGGUCAAGUUAUGUCAGCUGUACACAGUGCUGUUAAAAAGUUUGGUGGUAUUGACAUUCUUAUCAACAAUGCCAGUGCUAUUUCCUUAACAGGCACUCUAAGCACUGACAUGAAGAAAUACGAUUUAAUGAAUAAUAUCAAUGCAAGAGGAACAUUCCUUGUAUCGAAAGCAUGUAUACCGCAUUUGCUGAAAAGUUCGAAUCCCCACAUAGUAAAUAUUAGUCCACCUUUGAACCUAAAGCCAUUUUGGUUCAAAAAUCAUGUUGCAUAUACAAUAGCAAAGUAUGGAAUGUCCAUGUGUGUUCUUGGAAUGUCAGAAGAGUUUAAGGAGGAUGGCAUUGCUGUCAAUGCAGUGUGGCCAAGAACUGCUAUUCAUACUGCUGCAAUUGAAAUGCUAGCUGGCUCUGAGGCGGCUAAUCACAGUCGCAAACCAGAAAUCAUGGCUGAUGCUGUGUAUGCUGUAAUAUGUAAGAAUGCAAAAUCAAUUACUGGUCAGUUUUUAAUUGACGAAAAUAUAUUGAAGCAGGAAGGAAUUACCGACUUCGAUCAAUAUACUUGUAAUCCAGAAUCAAAGGAAAAGUUGAUGCUUGACUUUUUCCUGGAUCCUUUACAAUCUGACAAGGCUCAGGUAGAAGAUGAAAAAACUCAGGGAAAAAAUAAUUUAGGCGAUGGGAAAGUCGCUGAAGUAUUUUUCGCCAUUCAAUCGAACUUGAGUACUGAUCUCGUUAGCAAAACUGGAGCUGUAUAUCAGUUCAAUGUCAAAGGAGACGAGGAAGGAACGUGGUUCCUGGAUCUUAAACAUGGGAAAGGGGCUCUUGGUAAAGGCGAGCCGCCUCAGCCAGCUGAUGCAACACUGACUAUGGAUUCAAAGAAUUUCUUUGCCAUGUUUACUGGUAAAUUGAAACCUGCCACUGCAUUUAUGAUGGGAAAGCUGAAAAUUUCUGGAAACCUUCAAAUGGCAAUGAAGCUGGAAAAACUAAUGGUUAGUUUAAAAUCAAAACUUUAAUGAAAUUGAAUGCGCGCACUUUCAUGUUAAAGUCUGAGGUUACGAAUGGUCUCGAGAUUUAUCGACGCACCACUGAUCUCUGUUAUUGCUACAGAACUUCUUUCAACGGUAGAUGAAAAACAAUACAAUUCAGUGAAUCUGUGAUUGUGAUUUAGUAUCCCUGGCUUAUUUAGAGUUAUUUGAAAUAACAUUGCACUACAUGGUGUCCUCAUUGUCGUAUGCCAAUGGCUACGAUUUUACUGGAGCAAAACAAAAGGUAAAAUACAUGGAGUUGAUAACUACAGUUUAUUGCUCUAUAAAUGUAUAACACGCGUAUGGACAGGUAGAAAAUGAGUAUACGUAAAACAGAAAGGAGAGGGAAAUCAAGAUAUAUUUUUCUAAUGUUUUAUAUAUUGUGAAAAAAUGUUAUAGUAAUUGUAAUUUAUAAUUACAGCAAAAAGAACAAUUUUAUACAUAGAAAGGAAGAAAUAUUUAUAUCUGUUUCUAUGGUCAUCUAUUGUUUACUGUUAAAAUUGGUCUCUUGUUAAGAUAAAAUAACAAUACACUUGUACAGUCAGUUACAGUUGGAGAAUUUUUGCCUAUCGACCUUAUCUAUCACUGCCUAUGAUCCUCAUAUGAAAUUGUUCUUGUUGGAAAUAUUAAUUUUGCGAUGACCAUUGAGUGUUCGUACACACCAAAAAAUAUGAAACCUCCUAUUAUGAUCCAUGUCACCCUUGGAACAAUCCCAGCAAACAAGCUAAAAUAUAAUAUAACGAUUUAUAUAGUCGAUACAGUUAAA